AUGGCCGGCGGACUUGGCCCUUCGCUGGGUACCGUCGUACCUCUCGAUCCAUCCCACUGGUCUGGCCAACCACGCGUUCUUGGCCCUAAAUGGGCUCAUCUCAUCAUUCUUACCGUUGGACUGCUGGGCGUGCAAGUAUUCUGGAGCGUAGAAAUGGCCUUUGCAAGCCCAUACCUCAUCUCCCUCGGCCUCUCCACCUCCCAUGUUGCCCUUGUGUUCCUCGCCGGUCCACUAUCUGGUCUUGUCGUCCAACCACUUGUUGGCGCGUUUGCGGACGUCAGUACUUCCAAGUGGGGUCGGCGGAGGCCAUAUAUCAUCGCAGGAUGUGCCAUUAGCGUGCUAGGCAUGCUUUUGCUCGGAUAUACGAAGCAGGUCGCCGCUUGGUUCACUCAUUCAGGCUCAGAAGCGCAUAGCGGGUUGACAACUAUAUUGGCGGUGCUUUCGAUAUUCGUGGUGGAUUUCUCAAUCAACGCUGCCGCAUAUAAAGUUCAGGCAGUGGACAGAGCUCUGUUGGUCGACAUACUUCCAACGUCAGAACAGACGGCUGGUAAUGCUUGUGCUGCACUUAUGCUGGGCAUUGGAUCUGUCCUCGGCUUCUUUAUCGGGAACCUCCCUUUGCCCACUCUCUUUCCCUUUCUGAAAGCCGAAUCUGAGCUACAAGCACUUUCAGCCAUCGUGUCGUUUGUCCUUCUCGCCUUGCAUUUGCUCACGGCCAUCAUGGUCCGUGAACGUGUGCUGCUCAAGAGUGCUGGUCUGCCGCGACCAUCCUUACGCAAUGAAUUUCGUGACAUCUGGAAACACGCCCGAACGCUACCCCGAGUAAUACGGCAAAUCUGCAUGAUCCAGUUUUUUGCAUGGCUCGGCUGGUUUCCUGUCUUGUUCUACACGACGAUGUAUUUCUCCGACCUAUAUUUCCGCUCUCUACCUCCUGUAGCUGUGAUUCGAGCGCUUCUUCGACGUGCGGAGGCACCAGUGGAAUCACCCACAGACACAGCAACUCGUCUGGGUGCUAGGGCACAACUUUUCUAUGCACUCUUAGCCUUGGCAACAAACGCCCUACUACCAUUUCUUCUGCCCCAUCCCGAUGGACCGCGGGAGGGUCGUCGUCGGAGAGGAAUGCGGAAUUCGCAGCUUAUGGGUCGUGUCGACAUGGACUCGUUCCAAGGCUCUAACGAGGGCAGGCAACGAUGGAAUUUCAGCAACUAUAUUCCUGAUGCGAUCCGCCUGCCAUUACCGACCUGGUGGGCUGCUUCCCAUGCAAUAUUCUCUCUCUGUAUGAUCGGAACGUUCUUUACCAGUUCCAUCUCGACUGGCACCAUACUCAUCGCUUGCACGGGAUUCUCCUGGGGUAUCACGCAAUGGGCACCGUUUUCGCUCCUAGCCGAAGCGAUCCUUACCUCUCCAGCGCCAGGGGAGGUGGCUUCUGGUCAUGCCCGUAACGAUUCAAUCUCUAUGUCGAUACGGCUUGCCGACGCUCGUACCCGCGCAGAUGCAGGCUCUGAAGAGGAGGAGGGUUUUUUGGUCGCCCGACCAGACGAAUUUGACAGCGACGACGACAGCGAAGCUCAGCGUGCCAGACGGCACACACGUGACAACAGCGAUUCGGACAUCGAGUUUGUGCGGGAUAGCGGCGAUUCUGGCUCGGGCUCGCCUGCAUCUAUAUCGAGUUUCAGGAGGAAGCCUCUCCCGAGGGGGAUUUCAAAGGAGGGGCUUGCACGGGGACCGGCGUUGCUGGGUAAUCCCAAUGCACAACUGAGUGUGGUCGAUGUGGUCACGCCGCGAUCGAUAUACGAAGAACGAUUUGAGAGCGCGCCUGGGGUCGACGCCGAGCAAGCUUUCGGUAGCGAGCUUCCCGCUGAAGGAGGUGGUUUGAGUGCCAAGGCGGGGGUUAUUCUGGGCAUUCACAACAUCUUCAUCGUUAUUCCGCAGUUCCUCGUUACGGCCCUUGCCUCCAUUAUUUUCGCCCUGUUUGACGAAUCGGAGCAACCAACAACUGCGGUAACUUCUGGCUCAACCAACUCGACGAUCUCUGCUCGCUCGGCUGCCGCUGCUUCCGGUAGAAAUUCGGUCGUGAUUGUUUUCCGGAUUGGUGGUCUGUGGGCGGCCAUCGCCUUUGUGCUUGCGUGGCGGCUAGCAAGGGAGCUCAAGAGGCGAUAG